UUCUUUAUAUUAAAAAAAGGAAUAAAAAGACGAAAAUUAGUUAUUAAUUAUAAAAACCUUAACGAAAUUAUAAAAAAGAAUUAUUAUUUUUUAUUAUUUAUUACUAAACUUAGAAAUUUAUUUUAUAAAACUAACUAG